UAUCUCCAGUUAAAACUCAAUACAAACUUACCUAUCAUCAGCCAAGUGCCCCAUGCCGUGAAAACUACAAACAAGUGGAAAUCAACAUUUACCAAGCACCUACUUCAUACUUUUAUCAUCUCUGAGCAUAAACAGAAUGCCAAGUUUUUAAAAGAAGGGCUGUCAAGCAAACUCGCUCUGUACGCAGCACGUUUUGUGCACAGAAAUGCAGUUGAACGGGCACGGAGAAGCAGCACCAUCUUCUGGCUUACGUGGGUAAUUCAGGGUCGGGGAGCUAAUUCUCUCGGGUGCAAGAAACCUCUGAAGGGAGCUCAACAAGAGGCUGGGUGUGUGUGUGUGUGUGUGCGCGCGCGCGCCUUUGUGUUAGCACUCUGCUUUUCCACAUUUGCAGCCCUCCACCAUUAGAAUUUUAGCCUGGCAAUGGUUGAGGCAUCCUGGCCGCUAGAAUGAGAGGGUUGCUUUGAAGAAAUCAAAUCUAAACCAUCCCCAGCCUCCCUCCUUGCAAAUAGGGGAAUCAGGCUUAGGUGAAGGGCUGGCUCAGUGUCGCCAUGUCACCGUGCAAGGUAGUGCAGUGGCAAGACUGGAACCAACACUCCUGACUCUUUCUUCAGGGCUUUUCCCAGAACCCCAGCCAGAGACUACUUUCCUCCCGAAGGCUGUAUUUUUGGCUUGUUUUUUUAAAGCCACAAUCUCUUUGAAGUGGAAGUGGAACUUGAAAAAAAUCAUUUGGCUGUUGGUUGCACCAGGGAGCAAGGGUGGGGAGUUGAGGGAAAUACCACUUACUGAACACACUAUGUGUCAGGCACUUAAUAUGUACUGUCUUAAACUCCAUCAUCUGUACAAUGGAGAUGAUAAUUGCAGCUAUUUGAGGGGGUCAUUAUAAAUAAAGUAAUAUGAAUAUAAUAAUAUAUGUAAAAUGCUAACAUACGUAAAAUUGCUGGAAUAUAGUAAGAGUAAGCGUUCCAUCAGUUUUAGGUUUAGGUAGAUUUUCUAGGAUGCAGUGAAGUUACUUAUAAACAGUUUGACUGGUUUAGACCUUGCUUUUAUGAGGCAGGUCUGGAGGAGUGGUCCAUCUAGGACUAAGUGUUUUCUGCUACAGAGGCACGAGCUUCUUGAAUAUUCUACUCAAUGCCCUGUGAGUAUGAGUUUUUGUAGUCUGGCUGGUGGCAGCAGACUUCAUUUCUGGCCCUGUGAGAGUGCAAGGCACUGCUCUUUUCCUCCUUUCACAGGGUUAUCUCCCUGGCCUCGGGUAAUUUCCUCACAUGCAUGUGAUGGUCAGUCCUCCGAGAGGGACCCUCUGCACAUCUCCAGGGGUCUGUCUCCUCCACACUCUGUCCUGAGAGCUUUAUCUAACUUGGUCUCUUUAGACACUCAGUUAUGUCUCCUCAACUCAGGGCUUCCCCAGGCUUCAUCUGCCUCCUCCCCCCCCACCCCCCACUAUCUGCACUGCCAUCUGGAAACUUUAUAGGCAGUUAGCUGGGGGCAAUCUUGGCUGUCACAUCAUUUAUUUUGCUGUCUUUUGGGGAUCACAGUCCUUCAUUGCCCACCCAGUGUCCAGAGCCUUGCUUGGUUAUCUUGGUUGCUUCAGGUAGGAAGAUACAUCUAACUCCUGUUACUUCAUCUGUGGCAGAAGCAUAUAUCUAUCAGUUAGAUCUUGCUGCGUAACAAACUACCCCAAAUAUGGUGGCUUAAAACAGCCAUUUACUUCCUCAUGUUUUGGCAGGUUGGUAAUUGGGACCCAGGCAGUUCUGGUUGGGCUAACCCUGGGGUCUGCAGUCAGCUGCGGGUCAACUAUGUGGCUUUCCAUCCUGGACAUUUGCUGGCUGUUGGCCAGGAUGAUGGGGACAGUUGGGCCAUGUGUCUGUCAUCAUCAGGCAGGCUAACCUGGGCUUGUUCAUACGGCAGCUGGGUUCCAAGAGAGCAAUCCCCCGUGAUGAGCAACAUUCAGGUCUAUUUUAGCAUUACCUUUGCUACUGUCCCUUUGGCCAGAGCAUGUCACAAACUCAGAUUCAAGGAGGUGAGAAAUACUUUCUUGGUGAGAUGAGGUACAAGGUCACAGUGCAAGGGCAUAAAUAUGGGAAGGCAAGAAUGUGUAGCCAUUUUUAGAGGUUCGUCUUCACAGCUAUUAUUAUUUCAUCCAAGCCAGGUGGUAGAUCUUAUUGUCAUGUCACAGGCAAGAAAACUGGGGCUCAGAGAGGUUGAGAGACUUGCAUAAGAUCUCACAGCUAGCUAAAGGCAGAGUCAGGAUUUAAAUCAGCAUCUGUCUGACUGAGCCUUUGCUCUAGUCACUGCCCUGUGUGCUUGGGGUGGUGUAUGCUUGUGCAUGCGUGUGUGUGCAUGUGUGUGAUUCUGAUUAAGUAUAUCUGUAUUCAACACCAUUAAGUGUCCAUGCCCACUUUGGUCCCUGUUGCCUCUGGGGCUGCCCAUGCAGCUUCCUGACACUCUCUCCCAUCCCCCACAAAAGAAAGGCCCUGGCCCAGGUCCCGUCCUCUUGGGCCCUGUGGGGGUGACAGAUGCUCUGAAGGAGACAUCUGUGUGUCAGUGUCUAUGUGUAGGGGAGCUUGCAAGGGCUGAUGACCUCUGUCCCCAUCCAGCUUGUUUCUCAGUUUGUUGGCCAGUCCCUUCCUUUCUGUGCUGCUCCAAAAGCCUCCCUGCCUCCAUGGUCUUCCGUGUCCCCAUUCUUCAUUCAGGUUGAAGACGGUGGGCCCUUGAAAGGCCCAUGUUGAUCACACCACUCUACUGUCUUUAGUCUUCACUGGCUUCUGAUUGGUUUUGCUAGAAAAAAGCUAAAUUCAUUUUCCUGGCACUCAAGCCCCAUAUGAUCUCAUCCUAACCGACUUUCCCAUCCUAUGUCUUACCACACAUGUUCAAUUGCUCCAUAAGUUAGCCAAGGACACCAUGGCUUUGUCCCUUCUGGGCUUGGCCCCUGGAUCAUUCUUCUCCAUCUGUACAUAGCCAACUCCUACUCCCUUGUAGCACCUCCCUCCUUUGCUCUAAUUUGUGUGUUGUGUCUGAUAAUUCCUUUCAGGCUGCACCUUCCUGAAGGGAAAUACCUUGUCUCAUCUGUGUUUGACCAAUCACAGAGCCUGUUUCUUGAAAUGCUCCAGAGAAAGAUGAUUCAAAAUACACCAACUUACUCUCUACCCCUGGGAGGUCCUGCUGCCAUGUUCUGUGUCCUUACAGUAAAUUUUACUUUCUGCCCAAGAGAAUUUGGAUGAGUUGCCAUUUAUGGAGAAUCUGGAGAAUUCUGGAGAAUCUUGGUUAAGGUAGGGAAAACGUAUUUUAGCUUUCCUGGAUAAUAUUUACUAGUAAAUAUUUACUAAAUAUUUACUAUAAUAUUUACUAGAGUCUUGGAAACCUUAGGCGCAGAGAUGAUUUUUUAAUGGUGAAAACCUUGUGGGGUAGAGGCAGUGAAGAAUAGAAGGUACUAUUUGGGGAUUAGAAGGGUGUCCUCUGCUGCUUUUCAGAUCCUGGUCUAAUCUGCAGGGUGAAGUCUGGGAGCUCCUUUGGCAUCCACAGCCAUGUGUACUGUCCGUGGUCCUGAACUUCCAUCACUGAUCUUUAGGGUAUGACUUUCUUCUAACCCAGGGAACACUAGUGACUCUCGUGGGACAUCUCUCAGGGAUCCUGAAAUAGGGUCAAUACUUAGGAGUGCAAUUGCCAAGUUAUAUGGGUCACCCCCGCUGUCACACGUGAUGUGUGGGCAGUGACCAGGGACCUGACGCUGCAGGAAAAGCCUCUCCAAGACAAUGUAAGACCUGAGGACUUUCUCCGGUUCUGGACUGAAGGAAGAGAGUACACACAGGCACCUGAGAGAGAAGGGAAGGGGCAGAGAGAGAGGGAGACAGAGAAUCCCAAGCAGGCUCCAAACUAUAAGUGUUUCUCACGAUGGUGAGAUGAUGACUUGAGCCAAAAUCAAGAGUCAGACACUUAACUGACUGAACCACCCAGGUGCUCCAAGAGAGUCUCUGUCUGUCUGUCUGUCUGUCUGUCUGUCUCUCUCUCUCUCUCUCUCUCUCUCUGGACUCUCUCUUGUCUCAGCACACACUUCAUCACUUCCCUGGCCUCACUGGGUAAGGGGCUAUACCCCAUAGCUCCUCUCCCACCCACUAGUCCACACCACAUGCUUUUGGAGUGUUGACUGUCCACCAAGAUGGGCACCGUGGGGCAGAGAUAAAGAUCUGUGUUUCUGCCUCUGGGAGUUUUCAGUUAAAUUACAGAGGAAAAACAUAGACACAGGAACAGUCCAUUAAAAUGAGGAUGGGUUAAAUGUUGCAUGAAAAAUGAUUGCUAGAAAAAUGUAUUGACACUGGCAGAAGGGAGGAUGUAUUUAGAGGAGGAAACUACCCAGAAAAGAGUGAUUGCCAGAGUGAUUUAUUUCCAGCACUGUUCCAGGAACUUCAUGUGUUAUUUUAUUUAAUCCCCUAGGCAAUUCUAUAAAGAUGAUGUUUUAAUUCUUAUAUUGCAGACAUGGAAACUGAGACCCAGAGAGAUGAAGUAGCUUAAUCAAGGUCAAAUCUCAAGGAGGCAGAAGCCCUGAAAUUUUACUGAUGUUCUGUUGGACUCCACCUAUCUCUCUACCAUUGUAUCACAUGGAAUCUUUGAAAGGCAGGUUGCAUAUGUCUCUGGAUGGCUUUAAAGAUACGUCACGAAUGCAUAUGACAGCACCAACUUGUAAACUCUCCACAGACAAGCCAAUUUCAUCAGCACCUAGUGAUAUGGUCUACACAUGAGGCUCCAUCCUCUGGAGCUGGACAACUCUGAGCUCUGAGCACUAAAAGUGACUUCAUGCAUGUAUACCUAUGGUUCAUUUUCUUUAGGUGUAUGGAUGAGAUGCCAUGGAACCAGGGAAUCUCACGUGGGUAUCAGAAUUUGUCUUUCUGGGGUUCUCACAGACUCGAGAGCUCCAGCUUUUCCUGUUUCUGGUAUUCCUGAUCGUCUACACCACCACUGUCGUGGGAAACCUCCUCAUCAUGGUCACAGUGACCUCAGACACACGGCUCCACACACCCAUGUACUUUCUGCUCCGAAAUCUGGCUGUCUUAGACCUCUGUUUCUCCUCUGUCACUGCCCCAAAGAUGCUGGUGGACUUCCUCUCUGAGAAGAAGACCAUCUCCUACCAGGGCUGCAUGGCCCAGAUCUUCUUCUUCCACUUUCUGGGAGGCGCCAUGGUCUUCUUCCUCUCAGUCAUGGCCUAUGACCGCCUUGUUGCCAUCUCCCGACCCCUCCACUAUGUGACCAUCAUGAACACACACCUCUGUGUGGCACUAGUCGUGACAGCCUGGAUGGUAGGUUUCGUCCAUUCCAUUGCCCAACUGGCUCUGAUGCUCCCGUUGCCUUUUUGUGGCCCCAACAUCCUGGAUAACUUCUAUUGUGAUGUCCCACAAGUGCUGAGACUUGCCUGCACUGACACCACCCUCCUGGAGUUCCUCAUGAUCUCCAACAGUGGGCUGCUGGAUGUCAUCUGGUUCUUUCUCCUCCUGACCUCCUACUCAGUCAUCCUGGUGAUGCUGAGGUCUCACUCUGGGCAAGCGAGGAGGAAGGCAGCUUCCACUUGCACCACCCACAUCGUCGUGGUGUCUAUGGUUUUCAUUCCAAGCAUUUACCUCUAUGCCCGGCACUUCACCCCCUUCUCCAUGGACAAGGCUGUGUCCAUCAGCCACACGGUCAUGACCCCCAUGCUCAACCCCAUGAUCUACACCCUGAGGAACCAGGAGGUGCAGGCAGCAGUGAAGAGACUAGGGAGGCGCCGGCUGGUUUGUAAAAGGGAGUGACAAUGAGUGGGUCACUUCUCUCUGGCUUUGUUUCCCAUUUGUAAAAUGGAGGGAAAGCUACUGUGUCUGCUGGCUAUCUUCAUAGCUUGUGCAUAUGUUGUGGAGGUCAUCAUAGAAGUGAGUGAGUUUUGAAACUAAGCAACUGACUCAGAUUUUUGGGAAAAAGAGAAAAGUCCCCUUUGGUGGCUAAGGUUUGUGCCAGGUUUCUAAAACCCCUGCUCACUGAGAAGUGUUCUCAUGACUCUGGAAAGCUACACCCUUCUUUCCCCCUUCUUGGGGGGUCGUUUCCUCUUGUGAUGAGGGCAUUUCCCCCAGCGAAGGCACUUCUAGUUUAUGUGUUUUGACUUCUCUUCCCAGCACCCCUUUUGACCUGUGUCCAGAGUGUUAGAGAAAGCACACACCUUGAAGACAUAGCCUUAGCUUGGGAGCCUUGACCCAUAUGUUACCAGACUGCUGACCUUGGAUAAGCUACCUGGCCUCUCUUGAACUCAUGGAUUCCUCCUCACCAAACUGGCAUAAAGCAAUAUCUGUCCCAAUAAUCUCACAGAUUUGUUAUAAGAUCCAAAACGUGUAUAAGAAUAUUUUAUCAACCUUACAUAGAACCUAUGUGAGGGUUAUUGUCAUUGUUAUGAUUAUUCCUGACAUAUAUUUUUUCAUGGGUUGAGCGGUGUUUUGGAAGUGUUUGGUGGCGAUUCCUCAGUGCGGUGAGGGAGGCUUGGAGAGGGUGGGAGCUGAACUUCAGAGGGCCAUGCAGCAUGCCCAUGAAUGAAACAGAGAACAGAGAGUGAGCACAAAUUCAGGGGCAAGGAAAUAUUCUUAUUUUUAUUUGUGAUGGAUGAUUUGAACUCUUCUAUGACAGUAAGAUAUAUUCUCAUAGGAACAUUCUGGAAAGCCACACUCUCACACAUUUCUGCCUUCUUGGUGGACAGUUUCCUGUUAUUAUGACACCAUUUCUCCAUAAGAGCAUUGUAUUUUCUUUAUUUUGACCCCUUUUUCCUAUACUCUGUUUUGGUGUGAGUCUGGAUUGGUGGAAAUAGCACAAGACUUAGAGGUUAAGCUUUAAAUGAAAAUCUCUAACUCAUAACUUACCAAACUGAUGAUGACUUGGGAUGAACCACUUGACCUCUCUUGGCCUCAUGACUUCUUCUUCAAUAAAUUUGCUUAAAUUAAUAUCUGACCUCCAAACCUCCCAAAUUUAUUAUAAGAAUCAAAUAAAAAAUCAUGUGAGAAAACAUUGGGCAAACCAUGUAAAUAUUUUUUCUUCCAGUCUUUUUUUGAUGAUUUUUUUUAUUUUCAAAUUUGAAAAUAUCAUGAAUGUUCAGAUUAUUUCUGCAUUACAUUUUCAGUGUAGAACACUGUUACAAACAAAGGAUUAUGUGUAAAAUACAUGUAAGUUCUAGAACAUUAUAGCAUUAUGAGAGCUCCUAGAAAGACUACUUGAUUUAAGAAAUAGAAGUUACCGUAACUUAUACCUACCCACAGGGUCCUCUGCCUCACAUUCACUCUCUCCCCCCCAAUGAAACUCUUUUCUUGAAUUUUGCAUUUGCCAUCCUAUUGCUUACAAAAACACUUUUAUCACGUUUUUACAUAAUCAGUAAAUAUACUGAUUCUGUUUUGUUUUAUUUUGAGCUUUCUGAAAAUAUCCUACUGGACAAAAUAUUCUUGGAUUUACUUCUUUUUCCACUCAACAUUAUAUUUUUAAGCUUAUUUGGGUUGUUUCCAGGUUUGUUUGUUUGUUUUGCUAUUGAAAACAGUGCUAUUUUGAAUAUUGCCUUAUUUGUCUCCAGUUGCCAUGUUGAGGAGCUAUGGGCUAUACCUUGAAAUAGAAUCGCUGGGACGCCUGGGUGGCUCAGUCGGUUGAGCGUCCUGACUUUAGAUUUUGGCUCAGGUCAUGAUCCCAGGGUUCUGGGAUCAGGCCCUGUGUUGGGCCCUGAGUUGAGUGUGGAGACUGCUUAGGAUUCUUUCUCUUCCUCUGCCCCUCUCCUCCACUCUUGCUCUUUCUAUAAAAGGAGAGUGAGAGAGAGUGAGAGAGAGAGAGAGAGAGAGAGAGAGAGAUGGAAAUGCUAGGUUUUAAGAUCUUCAAAGAUAAAACUUUACAAAACGGUGCCAAAUUGUUUUCCAAAACUGUUGUACCAAAUUACACGUCCAUAAGUGGUGUCUAAGUGUUCCCACCAAUUCACAUCCUACUAGCAGUUGAUAUUCUGAGACAUCUUAAUUUUUGCCAGUUUCAUGGGUAAAAAAUAUUUUCUCUGUAGUCUGUAAUCAUUUGCAUUUCUCUCCUCCCUAAUGGUUCUUUCCAUGUUUUUAUUGCUUUCACUUUUCCUGUGAAUGCCUUUCGUUAAUUUUCCUCUUAACUUUUUCUAGUGAAUGUGGGAAUUCUCACAUAAUUUGAUUACUAAUCAAUUGUUGGUUAUGUUAUAUACAAUACCUUCUCCCAGUUUGUGAUUUGGCUCUGUCUGUGGUGUUAAUUUUAAUAUAGUUGGAUAUAUUAGUCUUUCAUUUCAAUAUGAACUCAUUGAUCUCUAAUUUAAAAAAAAAAAUUGCUUCUUACCCAGAGGACAGAAAGAUAUUCUACAUAUUUCUUUUAUCUUAACUUAAACAAAUUUUAACUUCUUGAAAAAUCUGAGAUUUAUAGAAAAGUUGCAAGUGUAGUAGAAGGACUGUUUUUUCCUGAAGGCUUGAGGAUCAGUAGCCAAUCUGAUGCUCACCAUUCCUUAAUACUUGAACAUGCAUUUUCUGCAAAGAUGUUUUCCUAUGAUACUGCCACACAGUAAUCAACACUGUUGCAGUAACAAUAUGUUGCUAGAAUCCAGUUUUCAGCCUCCAUUCAAGUUUUGCCAAAUAUCACAGUAAAGUCAUCUAGAAAGAGAAGCUGGAUCCAAAUCACAUGUUGCAUUUUGUUGUUGUGUCUUUUUAGACAUCUCGAAUCUGGAAGAGCUUCUUGAAUUUGGUUAUCUUGGCACUUUCAAAGAUUACAGGCCAGUGAUUCUGUAGAAUGUCCUUUAAUUUGGAUUUGGCUGAUAUUUCGGGUGAUUAGCUUCAGGUGAUGCAUUUUGGUCACUCUUUCAAGGACAUCCCAGAAGCCAUGCUGUGUGUUCUUAUUGCAUGUUAUGAGGUGCGACUGAUGUUGCUUUGUCUCAUUACUAAUGCCCUAUCACUUCGAUUACUUGACUGAGGAGGUGUUAGGAUUCUCAUCUUUGUUAUCAUUUUCUCUUGAAAAAUAGUAAAUAUUUUGUGAGGAGGUACUUUGAGACUAUGUCAAUAUCUGGUUCUUUAUCAAACUUACAGUUUAUUCUUUUGUUUAUUUCUAUCUGUGUGGACUUGUAUUUUCCUUUUUUUUAAUCAAUUGAGUUAUAAUCUAUUACUAAUUUGUCCCAGAGUUGGCCAGUUGGAGUCUCUUCAAGGUGCUUUUUCAAGCACAUCCUUACUUUCUGGCACAGUGUCAUGCACACACUUAUCUUAUAUUUUCCUGUUCUGGCUCUGGAAUCAAGUAUUUCUCUAAACAGUCCUGCCAAAAGCAAUUUUGGUGAAGAAUGGUGUUUACGGGUCACUAUCUGGGUGCUGGGAGUGCUCACUGAUUUAGCCGGGGUCAUGAAGAUUUACUCUAGUUUUCUAGGAGUUUUAUAACUUUAGCUCUUAUAUUUAGGUCUUUUUUGAAUUAUUUUUUUAAGUUUAUUCAUUUAUUUUUGAGAGAGAGGGAGCACGAGCAUGAGCCCGAAAGGGGCAGAGAGAGAGGGAGAGAGAGAAUCCCAAGCAGUCUCCACACUGUCAGCAUGGAGCUGAUGCAGGGCUUGAACUCAUGAACUGUGAGAUUAUGACCUGAGCUGAAUCAAGAGUCAGACGCUUAACCUACUGAGCCACCCAGGUGCCCCUCGAGUUAAUUUUUGUAUAUGGUUUAAGGUAGCAAUCCAACUUUACUCUUUUUUGUGUGGAUAUCCACUUGUCCUCGUGCCAUUCAUUGAAGAGACUAUUUUCCCCCAUUGAAGAGUUCUUUGAAAAUCAAUUGACUGUAAAAUAAAUAAAUAAAUAAAUAAAUAAAAAAUCAAUUGACUAUAAAUGUAUGAAUUUAUUCCUGGACUCUCGAUUCUAUUCUUUGGUAUAUACAUCUUUUCAAUGUUUCUUUGGAGGGAUGAGUCCUGGGAGUUCCCCACUCUGCCAUCACUCUAUCCUUAAUUUACUAACUUAUUUAAUUUAUCUCCCUCUAAACAACCCACUGCCCAUACCAGAUCCAUUUCCUUACUGCACUUGGGCUUUGGUAUCACACUGCAGGCCAGCUCCCCAACUCAGCCAGUUUCUUACACUACUCAUGCUCCAAAAAUCUUACCUCACAAUGUCCCCCAUGUGGACAUCCUCCUUGCCCUGCUUGGUCUCCAAGUCCUGGUGUCAGACUGAACCCCUGCAUGAACACGCACCUCAUCCCUUCGAAGCUUUGAUUCCUUGCACUGAGUGAUGUUCUCCUCACCUUGCUUUAACACCCACAAUGGGCAGGUCCCAGGAGGGGACACCCAGGCUCUGACAGCCCAUACUGGGUCACAUCCUAUGGACACCCCAUUCAAAAUAUGUUUUUAUUCUACAUUCAGAAGGGAUUUUCUCAACUCUAUUUUCAAAUUCUGCUAUUACAGUUUUCAUUCCUGUCAACAUAUUUUAAUUUCCAAGAACUCUUCUUUGUUCUGUGGCUUUUGUCCAUGCCAUCCUGUUCUUAUGUUAUGGCUACUCUACCUUCUUGCUUCUCUCAAAGGAUGCUAAUUAUAUAAACUGGAGAUUAAAAAAAAGUUUUCUUCUGCUUCCCAGGCCAUUUCUUUUUUCUUAUCAUUUAUUUUUCUAUUUAUUUUGUGUUUGCCCUUUCUGUUGGUGAUCUUCCUUAAACUCCUGGUGAUCUUCGAUUAUCUGCAUUUAAGAGUAAGGCAAUACAAUGCUAAUUGGUACCUCUAUGUAUAGUGUAGAUUUCACUUCAGGGGUUCAGGUAGAACCCCUGAAGAACCCCCAAGUGACAACACAUAAAGGUCUAUUUUUCCAGAGCUUUUUCUCCAAAGGAAAAAAAAAUCUUGAUUUUCUGUCUUUGGCUUAGAUGCGAGAAUUUUGCACUGGGGUGAUGAGCCUCAGUACCUCUUAGUAUAGAAAAAUUCCUACCUGAUAUCCCUCUCUCAAGUACAUUACUCACAUCUGAGUUUGUGACCUCUGCUAUUACGAAUUUUCUUAUGUAAGAGAGACUUUGCAUCAUUGUCAAGAUCCUUUUGCCUCUGGCCCAUUAUGUUCAUUCCUGUUCCUAGGUGCUUUACAUGAAUAUAGCAUUGCUCUUGGGUGCCUACCCAACAGUCAUCCCCAGCCACUUCUCCCUUGCUUGUCCCUCUCAUAGGUGUUCACUUUGCCAGAACACUUUAAAGCUAGGAGCGCUCACAUGUUCAUGUGAUCCAGGAAUGACAAAUACUACAAAAAGUGUGUUUGCCAGAGAGCUUUUGGGAAAGAUUUUUCCUCCAUGAUUAAAGGCCAGAGAUGUAGGAGGAAAAAUAAACUGUUCCA